CAAGUCGAGAGAGAGUGUACGGCUCGUUUACGGUUAGUCCAGUUCAGUCUAGUGUAGUAAGCCCAGCCUUUAGUCCAUUCAUUCGGUAGUGUGUCUUUCGUCGUGUCUUUUAACCGCUCGAGCCGUUUGCUGACAAGUUUCGAUUGAAACCGUAGCAAACGCGAGUCUCUAACUCUCACGUAGCUUCAUUGUUGCGUUCCAUCGCCAUGAUUGGAACCAACCGUUGGUCCGUGCUUUGGGUAGCCGCAGCCUUGGGGUUCCCGCCGACGGCAAGGGCGACGAUUACCCUAGUGGAUACGAAACAAAAGUUUGCCUCGACGCAGGAUCGCAACCUCGGCAAAUCUCUCUGGAAGAACAACGAGUACAUGGCACGCUUACAGUACGUUGACGGAAACCUACCCUUGUGUCCGUCGUCGCCCUCCGCGUCAACACACCCCAAGUACAAUCUUACCGUACCGAGUGACGACUCUCCGGUAGCCGUACUAGUGCGUGGUGGAGGAUGUACUUUGGAAGACAAGGUACACUUUGCUCUCCACAAUCUGGAACCAGCCGGCUUGGUCAAGUUCUUGAUUGUCGAUGGUGAUCAUACUCUCUCUACCGAAAGUACAUCGUUACUUACGGAUUCACUCUCCGCGCAUCAAGACGCGCUAGAAAUAAAGCGUUCCCCGGACCAGUUCGAUACGAAACAAGACAACGACAUUCCUCUCUAUAUUCUACACGUCUCCUAUCACACGGAAUACGAUUUGCUCGAUAUUAUUCUGCAUCAAUCAUCCCGAAGUCAAUCACUGGGAGGACCACGUAUAGUCAUGGAUAGUCGUCUAGGCACGGGGUUUUUAUCGGGACCAGCGGCGGUGUGGAUUGGUCUCUUGUCGCUACUGAGUGCCUGUGCAUGUUCCUGCUUACUCGUGCACGGAGGGUCGCAGUGGAUGCCCGAUCCGGACGAUCAGGAACACGUCCCGCAGCGACCCACACGUCGUAGACUCACCAAAAAUCAAGUCAAAGCAAUGCUCCCAGUGUACCAGUUUGACGGAGAAACGAUUAAACCCGCCCACGGUCGAUCCACGCCCGCGUUGGUGGGUCCGGACGGCCUCGAGACCGAAAUCCUCUUGCCCGAUCCGGCCACGUUAGAAUGCUGCUCCAUUUGUAUCGAUGACUACGAAUCGGGCGACCGAUUACGAAUGCUGCCUUGUCAUCAUCUAUUUCAUUCCAAAUGCAUCGGAAGAUGGUUGUCGGAACGAUCGUCAACUUGUCCACUCUGUAAAUUGGAUCUCUUUCAGGAAGACGACGAAGAAGAGACCGAUGAAGAGCAGCCUGUACAAGAGCCUUUGCGCUCAAAUCCCCUUACGUCGACUGAUGGCGUGAGUGUGUGGCGCUCCGUCUUUGGCUUGGCCGAACUACAAACACAACCGACACAUACGCAAUCAUUGGAAGCAACCAACGAUAACCAUGGAGCGCCGGAAGUAGUCGAAUCGAGACCACCAUCCACUUCUACUCAAUCAUGGUGGCGUCGUUUGUUGCCGUCGCGGUCAGCACCGGUUGAGCCGUCGACGGAGGAAAGGUUGACGGAACCGCUCUUGCCAGCGGAAGACGAAGAGGCACCGGCACCGAGCACGUCGUCGGGUACUCCCGAAACGCAUGUUGCUACGGCUGAUACUGCUCGACACGAGCAAGUAGUGUCAGAGGAUGGUUCAGAAGAUGGAGCGUCUACCGGUGAGCUAGAGCAAUCCGAAGACCUAAGAUCGGCGGAAACGACUGGAUCCAACCUUGUGAAUUUGCCGUCCAUCUCACCCGACCCUCCUUCGAGACAAGAGUCGGUGUAAAUUAAAGUAAGCUUCCAUUUUCUUUGCCCAUUGUAUUUGCCGCGACCAGCCACUACUUUCUUCGGGCCACAUUUAUAUUAAUGGCUAAGCGUUUCUUAUUUUGUUUAC